AUGCCUCGGCAAAUGUAUGCAUUGGUUAAGUGGGUUGAUUCUGGAGACAGUAAGAACAAGUACACUCCAGACAUACCAAUCGAAUGGAUCAAGGGUUUUGAACCGGAUAAAUUUAAUCCAAAAAAAAUUAAUUUAGAAGAUUCAUAUGUCAUCGAAUGGAGAGAUUCAAAACAUGAACCACGGGAAGGAUGGAAAAGUUACGAUGGACUUGUCAUUGACAUAUCGUCUCGAAAGUCAACUUUAGAAAAAAAAUUGGAUGACAUAGCUGGGCAAUUAUCACCAAGGCGAGUAACUAGUGAUAAGGCAAGAUCUCCAAGCCGAGAGCGCGACAGCCAUAGAAGUGAUCGUCAUAAAAAUAAGCGACAUGAAAGGGAAAAGGAAGCAGUAGAAAAUGAUCGUAAAAAAGCCAAAAAUGAUGACCGCGAUCGUGACAGAAUUGUACAAUCAGUUGGUAGCAAUUCAAAAGUAUCCACACCGCAACUUCAACCCUAUAUCAGAAAUCUAGACUUGUCAAAAUCGUAUGACAGCGAAGCAAGUUCUAGUAGAUUGGCUAAUGGAGCUCAAUCAAGUUCAUUCACUGGUUCAAUACAGCCAUUAUUAAAUAAUCGAUCAAGUGGGCUACAUAAUGGAUCAAACCAAGAACUCUUAAAUGUGAUUGAAGAACUGAAAGAAAAAGUCAACAAAAUUGAAAAAUUAUAUGAUACAGCUAUCAAACAGCCUUCGAGACCAACUACGAAUACGAAAUCCUUAUUACGCAACGGUGAACCUGUCGAAAGUGGAGAACUUAAUUACGCCAGACCAUUGUCAAUGGACUUGAUUGAGAUUGGGCACCAAGGAAGCGGAGUAACCAUUUCAACAGAUGCUUGGGACACAGCUAAAAGCAAGACGACAUUUACAGCAAUGGGCAUAACGUUAUUGAUGGCAAUAUUUGAUACUGAGAUUUUAUUAACGAGUAAUGUGAAAGGAGGAAAAAGUAAAAUAAAAUCAGACUCAACCCGAAUGGAAGCGCUUGAUGCAACAAGAUUAAAUGCAUUAAAACAUACUGUAAGAAGAAUGUUUGCUAAAUCUUACAACGACAGGAGAAUGAAUGAGGCUAUAAAUACCAAACUAUCGACACUGAGAAGGAUAUACAGACAAAAACAUGCAAAAGCUCAAGAAAGAAUUUAUUCUGAUGACGAUUAGAAUUG